GGCCUCGCUCUCCGCCCGGUGACACAAAGCGAAUCCAAGAUGGCGGACGCGGGCGCGGGGAGCCUGCACGGGGGGGACGCGGCGCUGCCGUGCCCGCCCGAGGAGCAGGAGCUGAGCCAGCGUCUCCGCCGCCUCUACCCCGCCGUCAACCAGGAGGAGACGCCGCUGCCGCGGUCCUGGAGCCCCAAGGACAAGUACAACUACAUCGGCCUCUCGCAGGGCAACCUGCGCGUCCACUACAAAGGUCAUGGUAAAAAUCACAAAGAUGCUGCCUCAGUCAGGGCUACGCACCCUAUACCUGCAGCCUGUGGCAUUUAUUACUUUGAAGUGAAGAUCGUCAGUAAAGGUAGAGAUGGGUACAUGGGAAUAGGACUUUCUGCUCAAGGGGUCAACAUGAACAGGCUUCCUGGAUGGGAUAAACAUUCUUAUGGGUACCAUGGUGACGAUGGGCACUCCUUCUGUUCUUCAGGGACAGGACAGCCCUAUGGCCCUACGUUCACCACUGGAGAUGUGAUCGGCUGCUGUGUUAACCUAAUCAACAAUACCUGCUUCUACACAAAAAAUGGCCACAGUUUAGGUAUAGCCUUUACAGACCUCCCUUCAAAUCUCUACCCUACAGUGGGUCUCCAGACUCCAGGAGAGAUAGUCGAUGCCAACUUUGGGCAGCAGCCAUUUGUGUUCGACAUUGAGGACUACAUGAGGGAGUGGCGAGCGAAGAUUCAGAGCACCAUUAAGCGGUUUCCCAUAGGAGACAGACUAGGCGAGUGGCAAGCCAUGCUGCAGAAUAUGGUUUCGUCAUACUUGGUUCAUCAUGGGUACUGUUCGACAGCAACUGCCUUUGCCAGAGUCACAGACACCACAAUCCAGGAAGAACAGACCUCAAUAAAGAAUAGACAAAGAAUACAGAAGCUAGUGUUAGCAGGCAGAGUGGGAGAGGCUAUAGAAGCCACCCAGCAGCUCUAUCCUGGCCUCCUAGAACAUAACCCCAACCUACUCUUCAUGUUAAAGUGUCGGCAGUUUGUGGAGAUGGUGAAUGGGACAGACAGUGAAGUACGUUGUUUCAGUGCCCGCAGCCCCAGAUCCCAGGACAGUUACCCCGGGUCCCCCAGCUUAAGUCCUAGACAUGGAUCAAGCAACUCACACGUUCACAGUACCGGAGCAGAUAGUCCAACCUGUAGCAAUGGAGUCAUGUCCACAAAAAGCAAACAGAGUCAUAGUAAAUACCCAACACUGAGUUCAUCAUCUUCAUCUUCCUCCUCCUCCUCCCCCUCAUCAGUGAAUUACUCUGAGUCCAAUUCUACAGAUUCUACCAAAUCUCAGCAGCACAGUAGUACGAGUAACCAAGAAACCAGUGACAGCGAGAUGGAAAUGGAAGCUGAGCAUUACCCCAAUGGAGUCCUGGAAAAUUCGUCCACCAGGAUAAUGAAUGGCACCUACAAACAUGAAGAGAUCCUGCAGACGGAUGAAUCCAGCAUGGAAGACAGCUGCCCCCAGAGGCAGCUCUGUGGAGGGAACCAUGCUGCCACAGAGCGAAUGAUCCAGUUUGGACGGGAGCUGCAGAUCCUGAGCGAGCAGCUUUGCAGAGAAUACGGGAAGAACACAAUGCACAAAAAGAUGCUUCAGGACGCAUUUAGCUUGUUAGCUUACUCAGACCCUUGGAACUGCCCCGUCGGUCAACAGCUGGACCCAAUCCAGAGGGAACCUGUGUGUGCUGCUCUUAAUAGUGCUAUAUUGGAAUCUCAGAACCUGCCAAAGCAGCCCCCGCUGAUGCUUGCCCUGGGCCAGGCCUCGGAGUGUUUGCGGCUCAUGGCUCGCGUGGGCUUGGGCUCCUGCUCCUUUGCCAGAGUAGACGACUAUUUGCACUAGCCACCAGAGCAAGAUGGAGUUGACAUCGUUGAGUGCUGCCCUUCACCCUCCGUUGCUGCCACUCUACACCACCACCACCUCGUUCGAUAGCCUGACCUCCCUGCCACCAACACCCCCUCUAGCACACACACACACGCUGCCUGUGAAAGGAUUGAGUGAGUCCCUCACUGGGUGGCUCUUCCUGACCCCAGGAGCGACUGGCAGAUCUUACCUGUCUCCCUGCCAUUGCUGCGGCUCCAGCGGCACUCAGUAUUUCGCUGGUUAUUCUAAUGUAGCGCCUUCCGAUGUAGGGAUUUCUCUUUAUUUUGAUUUGAGUUGUUCCUCCUGGAUCCACCAGUAUUUUAUCUGGAGAGUUUUGCUGAGCUGGUUUCUGCUGAUUUUACUGAGGAAGCUCAUCAAGUUGGUGACAGCUUGUUCUUUUCUUCCCUUCUCCCUCCAUCAUGCAUAUACAGCAUCAUCUUCUGUGCUAGUUAUCUGAACUCUUCUCGCAGUGGCAGUACAGAGGGAUUUUUUUUUUUAUUAUUUUAUUUGAAUCCUGUUUAUUAAAAAGGUCUCUCCCACCUCCACAAAGUCAUUGAUGUAUUUAUUGCCCACAGACUUGGUCCCAGCCAUUCGCAUCGUACAGCCCCGCAGGAGACCUGGUGAGGUAGGUCCUGUCGCGCACUAACGACGGGCAUUGGAGGAGUUUCCUAGUGCACGCCUCUCUUCAGAGCACAGGGCUCUCAGACGCUUGUCUUCGUGAGUGGAAAGAGUAGAAGACUUGACGUUGCCUCUGUUAGUGGCUGCACUGUAGACGCAUCUCACAGCCCUGAGAAAAAGGUAAAUUCAGCUCUCACAGCUGAGCUAGAGGGACAGGACCGAUGAAUAUGAAGUCAGCUACCAUUGUCUUGGUAGAAGCAGGUCAUGUUAGCCUGCAAGAAACGUCUGUGGGUGCUGCCAGGUUGGGCUGUCAGUGUUUGUGUUAAAUCACAAAUCCCCCUUUUACUCCAUCUAGGAGGGCUCUGUCACUAAGACUCAAAAAUAAUAGUGUUUACUGACCCCUCUACGUAACGCUGAUCUAAAUGAGCACUUCAAAAUUUUGGAAGUGUCUUGAGAACACUAGUGUGAACUGUGCUCCCCCUUGGAGGUUGCACAUGCCAAGAUCAACUUGCAGGUUUAAGGUCAGCACUAGGAUUGUAAGGUCUGAGCCGGUCAAAAGGGAGCAGCAAUGUCUCUUUAAGGAUUACUAAGAAAAUUAAUUUAGGUUCAGGCCCAGAAGUGACCAGCAGGGAUCUGUGGGUGAGUAACCUCCAAGUAAGAUGGACUGAUGUGUCUCUGCUGCGGUAUAUGUCAGGCCCGGGGACUCAAGUGCUGUUAAGCUGCUGGCAUUCAAGCCACCUGCCUGUGUGUGUUUCUGAGCAUGUACUUUUAACUGGUGAGGCUGUGUAGCAGGACCGUGGGCUUUGCAUCCUCUGAUGUGCAGUUAGGAGACUUUGGGUUCAAUCUGGCUGCACGGGAGGAAUUGUAAUUCUGCACCAAAUGAAUUUUAGGUCUGUAGCUGUGAGGAGGACCCAAGGGAGCUCAGACCCAACAUGUACUUUACUGGUGUUCUUGACUUUUUUUUUUUUUUUUCGUUAAGGCUCAAUGAAAGAUUAACAGAUGAUGUUGAAGUUUGCCCUUAAAAUGGAGGUUGGCCUGUGCCAGGCCUUCAGUCGGCCAGAGAGCUUAUGUGCCACUGAAGAAAGGAAGGUGGUGUGUGACCUCUGUGGUGUAUCCCAGAGCUUUAAGGGUUUUGUGCAUUUGCAGGCUUGAUUUGCAGCUGGAAUGCGAGGUCUGAAAUCAAGGCAGAGCAGGGGGGCAGGUGUCCCCUGCACCGUAGGAGAUCGUGGCAGCGAGUGUGCAGGUGGUGUUGGAGGCGGUUGGGAACGCCUGUCGCUUCCUUUGGGCGAAGGUUUUGGAGCAGUGCUAGAGCCGUGGUGGUCUAAGAAAAUGGGCAACACGAGGUUUAGAGACGGAGAAGGUAUUUUUAUUAGAUCGACUCAUAUAGUUAAAAAAGUAGAGGGAGCUCUGUGUACCAAAGCCAUUCUUCUACUAGGCAGAUAGGAGCAGAGGACUGCGCUAAGCGGAAUAAUAUAACUUGCAAAUCUGGGGGUUCUGUUUCAGUUCUGGGGAGCAGCUCAUGUGCCUGAAAGCUCAUCUGUUGAUUUUCCACUCUGCUCGUUGUCCUAGCGAUGGGUAUGACCCCAGCCUGCGGGCCUUACCUUGCUGCAGUCGCAGAGACACUUCCACUCGGUGGGCAGGCUUCUUUCUGGAGCCUCUGAUGCUGGACCAGCCUCACCCAUUGUGCCCUGGUGCUGUAGCUGAACCUGAGGCAGCAUGUGAACUUGGCCUGGUGAGGCAUUUUGCUGCAGGCUCUCCGUUUCUUAGACCGAGGCUUAGGACUGAUUGCGGGUACUUGGGUUGGAAAUACUCUAGUUCCUGGCUUUGCUGCUCACAUUUGGCAACUUCCUCUGGCGUUGGUCACUAUUUAACUUGCUGCUGUCUGGCUGCAGUCAGGUAUCUCUCUCAUCUUUGUAACAACACCAUCUUUAUCUCGUUCUGAGUUUGCUUUGUUCAUUCUCUUUGUGGUUCCUUCAAGGCAAGUCUCUCUGUCAUGUGUCAUAUUAAUGUCCCCCUUGGUCUCUCAGCAAAGCUGUGCUGGCUAUCUUAGAGCAUUUUUUUUUGUUUCAGUCUCCCCUUUGCUACAAAAAAACUCCAAGAGAUGCUUCUAGAUACAUGGUUCUUCUGGUGCCAAGUACGUACGAUGGGAUGGUCUCUCUGGCUUCUCAGUGAGAUCGUCCCUGUGGUGGAAACCACCUUGCUAUUAGUGCUGAGAAGCCAGGCACUUAAUGAUGAUUAAUUGCAUGUAGCAGGGCUGAGUCACCCUUCCUGCCACUGGUGAUGUGCAUCACAUAGUGGCAGUAGAUCCCUGCAGAUGAGACAGCAGUGAUGCUUUCCACUUCUUGCACUUAAAGCAAUAGUGCCAGCUUGAGUUAUUUUUCCUUCCCCACUUGACCCAGUUCCUAACUGGCCUCACAGCCAUAACCAACACACAGUGCUGCUGCUAGCUUCUUGCCAGCUCUUCUACCUGCUGUCCUGAUUCUGAUUUUGGGGGAGUGCAAAUGCUUUUCUGCUGUCACAUCUCUGUCCGAUGCCUGUUUCAUGGUUUUUCUUUCAUUUCAAGUAUUCUUGUGGUUUCUCUAGCGGUUUCUGCUUGUUGUGCUCAGAUUCUGACUGACAAGGCCAUGACUCAGUGUGGGGAAGAUAAAUGUGUUUGCGGUGUGUGGUGGAGGUACAAGCUUCAACCUACCACUGAUUCCGAGGUGAGAUUUCUGACUUGAUUUUCCCAGGUUAUUUUUCAAAGCCUGUUGGUCUUUGAGUGUCCCUGGCUGCUCCUUGGUGGUUCAUGUCAGCUGAGACUUGGUUUGAAUUGUUGCAGUCAUUUUAAAAAACAAACAGAACCAGACUGAAUUAAGGUCUUUAACUUUGAAUGCAGUUGUACACCUAACCAGAGGCUGCGUGCUAUUUAAAAAUUGCUUUUAUAAAAGUGAUUUGGGAUUUGUUAUUCCAAGUGCCUCGUGCUUUGUUCAGGCACAGAUCAACUAAGAACACCCCAGCUGAGACUCUGCUUCAUCGGGGCAGUCCCUCACAGUGCCACUUCCCCCAAGAGUCCUUCAGUGAAGCCAUGUAAAUGAUUGCGUAGCCCUUAAUAGAAACUGCUGGCUUCCCUUUUCUUGGUGAGGGUGACAAGGUCUCAGCUAUGACCCUGUGUUGUAAUGCUGAUGGCAUUGGAUAUAGGACUUCCAUCACAUCAGGUCAACAUGUAGGUUGCUCUCUGCUGGGCUGACUUCAGAUCCUAGAAGAAGGUUUUCCAGACCACAGCCAGACACUGCUCACAGGCAACAUUUCUCACCAUGCAGCCCCAAGAGAGGCUUUCUGGCUGUGGCCUCCUUCCCACGGCAUGUGAAAUGCUGCAGCUGUAACAACUAAACCUCUUCCAGCUCGGCCGUGUCUGCACACUCGGAGGGUCUCAGCUCUCCACUGCUCAGUCCAGAGCCACCACCAAAGAGCUGUAGCACGCUCUACCCAUGUGCUCUGGACACCAACCACUCCACCUCCCUUCCUCAAACUCAGUGUUGCAGCCAGGGCCUCUCAGAAGGAUCACAUUUCCCAGGAACCGGGUGAAAACCUGUUUUCAGGGGUGGUGAACCGCAGCCCUGCACAACAUGGCCUUUGGUUUUGAGCCUAAAGUGGCUCUUUGAGAGCAACGUUUUGGGAACGCUAGACCUGGAGCCUUGGUUGAAGUGCUUCAAGGGAUUCUGUGGAGAGAGCUUCAUGGAGCUGAGUUGCACCACCAGGCUUUUCUCCCCACGGCCAAGGGUUCAUGUGUCAAGGGUCCACAUCAGUGAGUGAGAGCAGUCACAUCAACAGUAGCGUGGGAGGACUUUGAAGUGAGAUGAAGGAUCGAUUCAGGGGUCGGAGGCAUUGGAAUAGCUGGAAUCCAUCAUAUACACCUUGUACUCCAGCCUCUGACCACCUCAGUGGCCUCUGCUGGGUGCUUCCCAGUCUGUGGACAUCUCUCCUGUACCAGGGGAGCCAAAUCUUGUUCCUCUUGGUUCCCCCCGUGUUCCUCUUGGAGCCAUCUUGUUCCAGAUGAUUCCUCUUGCUGCUCUGUGUUCCUACCCUACCAAGUGGUUACCAAAAGCUGAUUCAAGGCUUACAGGGGUGAGUGAACUCUCUGCCAAGCUCUCCAGGGAGCAGGCAGGACAGCAGCCUGUUUCCCACGCAUCCUUAGCUGGGCUCUCAGAACCAGCUUUUUUGGGGGAAGAGUUCUUACUGCUCCCAGCAUUCUUUUCUUGCGCCUUUGCCCCCCGCAAUCCCAUUAUUCUCCCACCUGGGUGACCAUCACAAGUGGUGUCUGCAGCGUUGGGCGCUGUGCGAGCCGCUUGGAGACCGGGGUCAGCUCUGUGGCUGGUGCCAGCGACGCGUUUGUGGAGCACAGACGUGGCGACUCCAGCCGCUCUGCCUGGGCUGGCACCCACUGCGCUGGCCUGGAGGGGCAGAUCUGCCUGCCACCAUCCCUUUUUGUCACCGUCCGGGAUCCUGCCAGCCUGCAGCUGGGCUGGCUGUAGCACUUCUGCCAUUCUUUUGGAGUCUGGCUAGAAACUGAGCCUUUGCGUGUGGCCAGCAGAAUGGAGAGGGACCUCCAAAGCAUCCAGCUGCUGGGAGGAGGUUGUCCAGUGGCUGCCCUCCCACCCCCCGUGUGUACCAGACCUGUAGCUCCUUGCUCUGGGACACAUGGAAGAUGUGUGUUUAUUGGUGCUCCAGCCCCUUUCUAUUUCCAACAUCCUGGUGGUGCCCGCUGUGCUGCUGCUGACCUGGGUUGGGCACCAGGAGAUGUGGCUGUGACUGGUGUGGAGAUGGGGCCCCGUUGUAUCGGUCCUUGUGGUUGCGUACACCUAGGAUUUUUCCAUCUCUUUCCUUAUUCCUUCUGGUUUUUGCAGUGACAUCGCAACCUGUCCUCAGGCCGUGUCCUUAUUUUUCACGUAGUCUUAUUAAGGCAUCUUUACCAUUCUUUAAAUAGCUUUGUUCUUGAGGCUCCCUUGAACAACUGGAACAACCAGAGCUGGUGUAACUAGCUCUGGGGACUGAAUUUAUUAUUUUCCUCCUUAGGCAUCAGGGAUGAUGAACCAUCUCCUUUUCUAGCAAAGCAAGCUUUGUUGAAUUGCUGUGAUGCUGCAGUGCUUUGGCACCUUUCUUCAUACUCACGUAGCAUGUGUUGCUUAGAUGCGAGUUUCAGAGUCCCUUCUGCCAUCAUGGGGUUGAUUGAGAAGGUGAACCAUAGUAGCCAGGCUAUAGAGCAGCGUGUAAAUGCCAUGGUGCUGCACGGUGCACACCACGGUGCCAGGAAGUUCUUUCCCUGAACGAGCGGUGUGGAGGCUUCAACUGCCCCACAGGGCAGCAGGCGGAGAGGUCCGUCACGCGUCAGUCCUGGGCACAGGGAGGCCCGUGGAGCUGGUCACAGCGUGAGAGAGGGAGCACAUUCCUUGAAAAGGUGGUUCUGCUCCACCCGCGAGUCCCCUUUGCAGAAGGAGCAACUUCCUUCAAACCUUGCCCUGUGGUUGAGCAGGUGGAUCCUGAGGUCUCUUGCAGGGAGCUGUUGGUGGGACUGUAGCUGUCCAUCUCUGUCCCUAGGUGUUUCUGCAAAAGGGGGGGGGGGGGGGGGAGACAGAACAGGGGACAUGGGUUACGUGCUGCUGGGACCCUUCUGCCGCAGAAGGAUGAGUGAUGGAGGGAACUGUGGCCCAGCAGCUCUUACUCAGAGCCAAAAGCCGGCUGUGAGCCAUGCCGCAUCUGCUGUGUAGGUCAGAGUGCUGGAGGAGGUGCUGGUGGGUUGAAUGGGGGGGGGGGGGGAGCUACAGCAGAUUUGGGGAGGAAAAAAGGGGGCGGUUGAGAGCCUGGAGGCCUCCUCCCGAGGAAGCACCAGCUGCUCUCCACCAUCCUUCCCUACAGCAAGAGGUGGCGGGUGAUGGAUGAAGUGAACAUGGUGUGUCACUGCCCCCCCAUCCCACACCAGAGCUCGGAGCCUGGAGCCGUAGCAGUGCCCGACAAGCUGAGGGUUCAUCCAGACUGGAGGAGCACAUGUCCUGCCAGCUGUUUCAUUUCCAAGAGGGAGGCUUAACUCUCUCCUGCUCGCAGGAAUCCAAGUCCCGUGUGGGAUUUACACUCGCAUCACUGCAGAAACAUUCCUGGAGGCCAUGCAAACCUCUGCUCCUUGUUGAACUUCCUCUGGCCAGGCAGACACGUUUUCUCUGGUCACUCAACUUGGGUCCAGGCAUGUGCUCUGACCCCUUUGCUCAGGAGGGCUUUAGCUGCAUCCUUCCUCCAGGAGGGAGCCACGGGGUGGGGGGUGGGGGGGGGGAGUUGCAGGCUGGGCUUCUCACAGGCUCAAACUUGUAGAAAGGAGAAGUGGCAGCAGCGGCUCGGGGGAUAAUCAGGAUUUUAAAGAAAAUUUUAAAAAUACAAGUGUGGUGACUCUUCCAGACCAAGGACUCUGCACAGGGAUUUGAUUGGGAUUGCCUCUCUCGGUCCUACCUGUGCACGCUCUUCACAGCUCUCCAGCCAGGGGAGGCAGGAGGAGGCUGCUGGCACCUGAAGCUCUUGCACGCAGCUUGUUCAGCGGUGCAAGCCCCAGGACCUGCCCACCACGCAGUUAACUCUCUUCUGCUGGUUGCUCAAAACUCAGGUAUGAAAUUCUCAGCUGGAGCACGGGAUGUGAGGUCUUUGCAGGUUUCCAGCCAGCCCUGGAGGAAUGGCCACCACUGGGCUGCGACAGCGCAGAUCUCCCUCUGCCACUCCAGCCUCCUCAUCGCCUUUGGAGGGGGGGGGUUUUCUCCUCUUUGGUACAACGUUGGCUAAAUGGACAUUACACAAAUUGUGCACAUUGGUUCAGUCUAAGCUUAGUAUUUGUGAAUUAAGUUAUCUGAUGCUUCGCAUGAAAACUUCCAAAAGGGGAGGGGGGGUGUGGGAUUUUAACUCAGAAAAAGCCUAUGAAAAUAUACUGGAAAUAUGGUAAAGAAAUCAACGUUCUGCUGUAUAUUGACAGAAUUAUUUUUAUUAAAAUACACAUCCAUGUGCAAGA